AUGGCUGACCGGCGUAUGUGCGUGUUGUCCCCUGGCGUGCAUGGCGCGCAGUUCGACGACCAGGUGUGGGAGCAAUUCGAGGACUACGACGAACUCGCCGCGCCGCACGCUCACAGGGACGCCGCGGGUGUCGUUGACGCCAGCUGCGACGCGUCGCACGCUGCGAGACUGCGACAGGUCGAGGUUGGAGAAACUGACGGCGGCCGCAAGGACCUGUCGUCCGGCCGCUUGGUUGACGGCCCGCGAGAGGCGCGCGAGUUGGCAGGCUGCGAGGGACAAGGGGACGCGCGUGGCUUGAACGGAUGGGGGGAGCAGCAGGGGGAUGGGAGGGUGAAUGGCGCUGGGGAUAGCGUUGGCAUGGGCAAACACAGUCCUCAUGCGCGCGCGGACCAUAGCGCCGCUUGCGCCUUCCCGCGCGCCGAGCUACCAAGCUCCCCGGACAGGCAAGGCGGGGCUUGCGCGGACGCGAUGGCGGACGGCAUGGCAAGUGAGCCAUGGGGUCACGAGCACGCGAGCCACGUGGAUGAGCUGAUGAGGUGGGUCAGCACUGACGUGGCACUGAUGCGUUGUGCUCCUGAUGUCAGAGUUGCUUGCCGGAAUAUCCGUUCUCUUGUCCGCAUGUCCCACCUGACCUUACCCUCCCGUCUGCCUCGCGCUGCCCGCAGGUCGGCCUACGGCACGGACGCGCUUUCUUUUCCCUCCGCGGACCUUCUUCCCCUCCCCUCCGCGGACCCUCCCUCCCCCUCCUCCGCGGACGCGCUCCCCCAUCUCACGCGCGCCAACCUGCACUCGUGGUGGGGCCCCGCCUCCGAUCCCUCCGUGCCGCUGCCGCCCGCGCCCGCGCUGCUCGAUGCCGCCUGCGCCUUCCCCUCCGCCGGCGCCACCGACGAGCGUUGCCGCGAGGAGGAGCGGCGGACGGCGCAGGUGUGGGCGGUGGAGGAGCUGGAGGCGGAGCACGAGGAGGGGGGCGACCACGCAAGAUGGGGGGAGAGGGCGGAGGGGGAUGGAGGGGCGAAGGCGGAAGGCGCUGUUGUAUCCGACGCGGACAGCGAGGGGGCAACGAGAGCAGGGUAUUCGAGCAAUGGUGCGGCUGCUGCUGCGACACACGCGUGUGUCACACAGGCCCACAGCUGCGCCCCGCGCACGGCAGCGGCGGACGGCGCGCCGUCGAGGGAGGGUGGCUCCAGCGCCGCGCGUGCUGCGAGCGUGAGCAGCGGGGCGGCAGCAGAGACUGGCGCGCCCGGCGGCUCAAGCCCUGGUGGCUCCUCGCGCUGCCUCUCGCAGGCGAGGCGGAGAGCCGCAACGCGCAGGAGGAGGGAGGGCGAGCAGCGCACCACGGCGUCCAGGAAGCUGCCCCUCGGCCAGCACGCCGUGCCCUUCCCCUCGCUGCCGCACCACUUCCCCAACUACUGCCCGCCCUUCUUCGCCCCGCACGCCCCCCUCGCCCCGCACAUGUCCGCUGCGCCGCUCCUGCCCCUCGCCUCAAGCCAGCCCGCCAGUGCUCGCGCUGCCUCCGCCGCUCCCACUCCCUCGCCCGCGCCUUACCUCUACUCUCGCCCGCCCUCCCACGCCCUCCCCAUCCCUCCCUGCCCUGCGCCCACGCAUCUCUUCCGCUACUUCCCCCCCGCGCAUCUGCCCCGCCUCCCCCACUUCCCCAACUACCCGCUUACCUCGCAGCCGCUGCUGCCCGCCUUCCCUUCCCGCCUCCUGCCUCCCGCGCACCCCUGCGCGCCGCCUCAGCGCCCCCCAGUGCGCGCCACGCCGUCGCCACCCGCCGGUGCUCUUAGCGCCGCCGCAGCUGCGGCCUCACCCCACGCUGGUACAGGCGCCGUGCCCGAGGCUCGUGCACGCACAGCGGGGGCGGCAGGGGCGGUAGGGACGGCGGGGGCUACAGGGAUGGCAGGGACGGGAAGCACGACCGUGGGGUCUGUAAUGCAGGCGAGGGCAGCGGCGGAGCAGCAGAAGCAGCAGCAGGCGCUGGGGCACGCCAUGUUCGCCCUCCACCAGCAGCGCACGCCGUUGCUCCAGCAGCAGCAGCAGCACGGCGCUCAGACACAGGCAGAGCAGAGCGCGGGGAGCGUGGGGGCGGAGCCAAAGGCGGCGUGUGGGUCUGUCGGGACGGGUAGGGGGGAGCGGGCAGGGACGAGCGCAGCAGCGAGUGGCGCGUGGCAGCAGCAGGCGGCGGGAGCGUGCAGUGACUCGCAGUGCUCCGCGCUGCUCGCGUCCUCCUCUUCCUCCAGGCCGCAUGCUGCCUCCCCCUCGCUCUCCCUCUCCCCCGCUCCCACCCCUCGCCCCCGCGCAGCAGCCCAUGGCCCCACCGUCCCUCCGCCCACUGCGGGGCAAGCGGGGAGGGACAAAGCCGUGCCGCACGCGCCCCUUCCCGCUGCCUCCGCGCCACGCCCUUGUACCCCCCGCUCCCCCUCCGCCCUUCCCACUGGCUCCUCCGCUCCCCCCUCGCUAUCCCCCUCGUCGUCCUCCCUUCCCCCCCCAUCGUCCCCCUCCCCUCUCAAGCCUCCCAUGCCGGGAGUGUGGGUGCUUCCGCACCUACCCCCGCCCAGCCCAAAGAGGCAGGGAAGGGCGGACGAGUGGCAGGGAGGGCAAGAGGGACAUAUGGGCAACGGGGAGGGGCGGAUAAGCAGAGGGGCAGGUGGUGGAACAGAGGGCGUGGAGCAGCAGGGGGGCGGGCAGAGGGUCGUAUCUUCCCCGCGAGUGGCUGAAGGCACAGCGGCAGCAGCAAACUCAACAGCAGCAGGUGCAGCAGCAGCAGAAGCAGCAGAAGCAGCAAGGCGAGAUGGGAGGGAUGGAGCAGCGGGUGAGGAUGAGGCGCGCUGCACCGCGGCAACGGCAGCAGAAGUGUGUGCGGCUGCUUCGCCAGGCGGAUCUGUGAGGGGGGCAUUCGAGAGCCCAGAUUUGCCUGCUCCUGGUGGGUCUGUGGGCGGUGCUGACGAGGCUGUGGGCGGUGCUGACAUGGCUGUUGAUGGUGCUGACGAGGCUGUAGGCAGUGCUGACGCAGCAGAGCGGCGAUCGCUGGCAAGACCGAAGGAGGAGAUUCUGGAGGCUCAGGAGCGGAGUGGGGUAGGGGAGGGGGAGGGCGAGGGCAUGUCAUGUGGGCUGGCAGAGGCACAUGAGGCGGCUGCUGCUGCUGCUGCUGCUGCUACUGCUGCUGGUGGUGCUGGUGGGACGUUGCAAGGCAGCAGUGAGGAGAGGGGAGCAGCAGCAGACGCAGGGGAGGAGAGCGAGGCGAGUGGCAUGAGUGAGGGCAGUGAGGCGGCACACUGUGGCGAGGCGGGCACGGCCCACGCCAUCCAGGGGCAUGAGGAGGGGCGUGCGGUGGGGGGUGAAGGCGCGUGUGCUGCUGCAGGGGAGGGUGGUGCGAGUGGCGCGGUGCAUGGGGCGCAGGGGGGCGAGGGGGCGGGCGAGGGCAUGGAGGCGGCCAUUCUGCACGAGCUGGAGAGCACCGUCGCCAAGCUGGCAGCGAGCAGCCGGAGGUUCAUCCACGAGGCGCUGCUGCGGCUGGCACAGAGCGCCAAGGGGCGCAGCACAGUGGGGGCAGGCGCCGCUGGCACCCACAGCAGCAGCGCCACAGGGGGCUUGAGGCCGUCCGCUGGGGGCGAUGCAGGGCAGGGCGAGCAGGCAGCAGCAAUGACUGACACAGAGACAGAGACAGUGACAGCGACAGUGACAGCGACAGCGACAGCGACAGGGGGAGGGAUGGGUACAGGGGUGGGGGCGGGGACAGGAUCGUCGGGGAUGAGUAGUGACGAGGGGCGGAGUCACUCGGAAGCAGGGACUGGUGGUGCUGGUAUGGCGACAGCAUCGGCAUCAGAGGGGGCAGGUGUGGCGCGUGGGGAGGAGAGUGGGACGAACCACAUCGACCGUGCCAUCGCCAACCUGCUCUUCCGCUCGCCCCUCCUCUUCGGCCCCUCCCGCCCCCCCGCCUCUGCUGCACUGCCGCUUCCUGCUGCACCUGCAGCGCCCCCUGGGCAUGGCGCUUCACACCACUACCCCCUGCCUGCUGCCAUCUCCCCCGUGCCGCAUGUGAGCCCCCUGCAUGCCCUGCCCUCUGCCUCCAGCCUCGCCCCCACCGCCUGCCCGCCCUCCGCCCAUGCAGCUGCUGCUGCCACUUCCACUUCCUCUGCCUCCUCCACCGCCUCUGCUGCCGCCGUUGCCACCGCUGCUUCAGUGCACAGCACCCCCCACGGGGCAGCACCAGGUGUUCUGCCGGUGCCCAUGCCCAUGCCCAUGCAUGCAGUCCCACGCGCCCACCCAUCUGCCCCUGCCACUGCACCAAUGCAUCUCGCUUCCACUCCUCUGCACCACUCUGCUGCGCCGCUCUCAGCAGGGCCACAGCAGCAGCGCUCCACCAGCCCAUAUCUGCAGCACCACGCACCCACCGCUGCUGCCCCACCGUUUCUCCGGCACCCGGCGCCUUCCGUCACCCCGCCACCCCACAUGCACCCGUGGAUGGCAUGGCAUGCACCCCCGUGGGGCACUGCAAUGGCAGGCGUCCCCUCCAACCCCUCAGCUGCUGUCGCCCUCAUUUCCGAGUCGCAACACGCGGUUGACUCGCUCGCCGCGGAUCACAUGAUUGCCACGUCAUCAUCGAGUCAAUUCUUCCUCGCCUCGCUGCCCGACUUAUCAACCAUUUUCAACAUUUUUCCCAAUAUCGACUUCGAAUCAGCAAUGGACACGUGGCAAGACGUUGCGUUCGCUCUCCAAGACAGCGUGGACGAGUUUCUCUACCUCGCAAGCCACCUGGCGGAGUCGCACGACCUUGCUGCCUUGUCGCCCGCGACUCUCGCGAUCAUCUACGUCGCAGGGCUGCUCACGAGCUUCGCGCCGUGCACGCUCAGCCUGCUGCCGCUCACCGUCGGCUUCAUCGCCGGAUUCGACUCCCCCCCGCCCGCCCCCUCGCCGCCCCAAUCCGCAUCCGCCUCCCCCUCCUCUCCCCCGCCUUGUUGCUGCUCCGCCGACGACUCCCCCCCACCACUCCCCGACGCGCCGUCCGCGCGCGCCGCCAGCGUGCCGGUCAACUGUUUUUUCUUCACGCUCGGCCUCGCCGCCACGCGCACCGCCAUGGGCGUCGCCGCCGCUCUCGCUGGCCAACACGUCGUGGGCGACGUGGGCAGCGCGCUGCCGGCCGCCGUGUCGCUGGUGGCCAUGCUGGCGGGGCUGCACCUGCUCGGCCUGCUGCCCGUUCGCCUGCCCGCGCCUGUGGCGGCGCGGUUCAGCCCCGCGGCGGUGGGCGGGAGGGUGCCCGUGGCGCUGCAGAUGGCGGCGGGCGGAGCGGCCUUCGCGUUCGUGGCGGCGCCCUGCUGCACGCCCGUGCUCGCCUCGCUGCUCGCGUUCGUCGCGUCCACCAGGGACGCAGCAACGGGUGGCGCACUGCUGCUGAGCUACACGAUGGGCUUCGCCACGCCGCUGCUGCUGGCCGCCUCGUGCACGGGCGCGCUCAAACAGAUCUCAGCCGUCCGUCGGUACUCAGGGUGGAUCAACCCUGCCAGUGGCGCCCUGCUGCUGGGUGGAGGGGCGUACGUCUUUGUGGGGAAGGUGCUGCCCCACGCGGCCGUCAUGUCAACCAUCAUGUGA